ACUUAAUCUACAUGUAAAUGUCCUUAAACUACAAAGACUAGAUAAUUAAGCAAACCAGUGGAUUUUAGCUUUGAACAUUUCCAUUCUCUGCGCGUCCAACUAACAGACGUCGCAUCCUUGGAAAAACGUGGGUCGACAUUCCAGGUGCGCUUUUACGCGCCGCGCCGACCGCUUCUACGCUUGUAGAGUGAAAACCGAGUCUGAUUGUGACAGAGAAAGGAAAUCAAGGAGGCCUGUUAUUUAGAAAACCGACUUGAAAUCCAUGAGGACAUACUUUCAGGAGGAACAACCGGUUGCUUAACAUAGUCUGGUGGUCCAUUCUCCAGUUUCCUUUCAAUUAUUGAACAGGUCAACAAAGCCAUGCCAGCAUAACUGCAGGAAGGGCGACAUGUGUCGACUUAAUUAAGGGGAACAUGUAGCAGACUUAGACAAAUGCAUAGUGAGCGAUCUGCCGAACAAAACUCUUUUUUAAGGUUAAUCUGUAUGCCUUACGUACAUGUAAUAUUCUCUGAGUUUGUUCUGUGGUAAAAUAGUUUGCGCAUUGUUUUCAUAGCCAAAUUCAUGGCCAUGUAGCAUUCUAUAGCAAGGUUCUAUACGCAAAUCAAAUCAUAAGUGCGCUAGGCCACAGAAAAUACCUUCAAAAUAUCUUGAGUGUUUGCCUUGUGUUUGCCUAUAGCCUAUCAUGAAAGUUUUCCCCCGUCAACCUCAAGCCUUCAUAUGAGUCUCACUCGUUGUCAAGGAGACUCCUUAGUCUACACACAGAUGCACCUGGGAAUGAUGCGUAGCUUGAGCACCUGCCACCCACUCGGAUGGCAACACAGGAGGACGAAACAUCCACUCCAGAGCUGGUAGACUCAGAAUGCCUCGCAGGAAAAACGACAUCGCAGUAAUAGACGAUGUGGGGAUGGAAAUAGAUGCUGUGCUGGACAGUGAUGAGGAUGAGAGCAUGACCAGGAGAUCCAGAGCCAACAGAAAGCCCAAACCACCUCCUCGCAGGAGGCAGGAGGACAGCGAGGAGGAGAGUGAGGAGGAGGAAGCUCCCAGGAAGAGGAAGCCCAAAAAGAAAGCCAAGCAGGAGAGCGAGGAGGAGGAGAGUGAGGACGAGAAGAAAGGUCGGAACCGGGGCGGCAAAAGGAACGUCGGCAGAAAGAAGAUGAAGGCAGAGGAGAGCGAGGAGGAGAACGAGGAGGAACGAGGGAACAAGAGGAAGGGAGGGAGAGGAGCCAGCAAACAGGAGAAACAGGAGCAGAACAAGGAGAAGAGAGAGGGGGGCAAGGGUGCAGGAAAAGGUGGCAAUGGCAAAGACAAGAAGAAGGGCAAGGACAGCAGUUCAUCGAACGACGACGAUAACGAUGAGGAAGAUGAGUCGAUGUCGGAGGGAGAGAUAGCCGCUCUGAAAGAGGAGGUGGAGGAAAAAAAGAAGACUAUCGCCACUCUGCGGAACAAGCCAUGGCGCAUGAAGAGGAAACUCAAGUGCCUGAAGGAGGCCCAGAGCUUUGUGGAGAAGUUUGAAGGAGCCCUGGGAAAAGGAAAAGGAAGGAAACUGUAUGCAUUCAAAGUCAUGAUGGCAAAGAAAUGGAUCAAGUUCAACAGAGACUUUGACAACUUCAAGACCGCCUGCAUUCCCUGGGAGAGGAAGAUCAAAGAAGUUGAAAGUCACUUUGGGUCCUCAGUGGCUUCUUACUUCAUCUUUCUCCGAUGGAUGUACGGCCUGAAUCUUAUACUUUUUGGCUUUGUGUUUGGACUAGUCGUUAUUCCAGAGGUCUUAAUGGGCCUGCCUUAUGGAUCUAUACCUCGAAAGACAGUCCCGCGAGCAGAUGAAGCCCGGGCUAUGGACUUCUCCGUCCUCUUUGAAUUUGGUGGUUAUUGUAAAUACUCUGUCCUGUUCUAUGGGUUCUACAAUGACAAGCGGACCAUAGGACUCCUACAGUUCAGGCUGCCCCUGUCCUAUCUCCUCGUUGGCGUUGGGAUAUUUGGGUAUAGCCUGAUGGUUGUCAUCAGAACCAUGGCGAAGAAUGCCAACGAGGGGGGAGACGGAGCAGAGGAUGGCGCUUUCACCUUCAGCUGGAAGCUCUUCACCAGCUGGGAUUACCUGAUCGGAAACCCGGAGACGGCCGACAACAAGUACGCCUCCAUCACCACCAGCUUUAAGGAGUCUAUAGUGGACUUGCAGGAACAGCAGAAGGAUGAGAACAUUCACCUGCGCAGGUUUCUCCGACUCUUAGCCAACGUGCUCAUCCUCUGCUCCCUCGCAGGAAGUGGCUACCUCAUCUACUUUGUGGUCAAGAGGUCACAGGAGUUUGCUGAUAAGGAGGAAGGGGAGCUGUCAUGGUUUGAGAAAAAUGAGGUGGAAUUUGUGAUGUCUCUCCUGGGUUUGGCUUGUCCACCGUUGUUUGAGACUAUUGGUGAGCUGGAAGACUAUCACCCUCGGAUUGCUUUGAAAUGGCAGCUGGGCAGAAUUUUUGCCCUCUUCCUGGGCAACCUCUACACCUUCCUGUUUGCUUUGUUUGAUGAAGUACAAGCUAAGCUGGAGAGUGAGAAAGACAUCAAGAAUGCUACGAUCUGGGCCAUCGAAGAAUACUAUGUCAAUUACUCCAUGCAUCACAACACUACGACUAACAUCCCUCCUCCAGACAUUGAUCCUGCCGACGUCAUCAGAGGCCCAUGCUGGGAAACUGGUGUUGGCAUUGAGUUUGUGAAGCUCACAGUCUCUGAUAUUCAGGUGUCAUACCUGACCAUCCUCAUUGGGGACUUCAUGAGGGCAGUGCUUGUACGUUUCCUCAACUACUGCUGGUGCUGGGACCUGGAGGCUGGAUUUCCAUCGUAUGCAGAAUUUGACAUCAGUGGCAAUGUGCUUGGGCUCAUUUUCAACCAGGGGAUGAUCUGGAUGGGAGCAUUCUAUGCCCCAGGCCUGGUUGGCAUCAACGUCCUUCGCCUCCUCAGCUCCAUGUACUACCAGUGCUGGGCGGUGAUGAGCUGCAACGUGCCCCAUGCCCGCGUGUUCAAAGCCUCCGGCUCCAACAACUUCUACAUGGGCCUCCUCCUGCUGGUGCUCUUCCUUAGCCUCAUGCCCGUCAUCUACACCAUCAUGACCCUCUCGCCCUCCUUCGACUGUGGACCCUUCAGUGGAAAUGAGAAGAUGUAUGAUGUGGUCAUUGACACGAUUGACCGGGACCUGCCUGAAUUUAUGGGAACCAUCUUCAGCUACGCAUCCAACCCUGGGCUCAUCAUGCCUGCUGUGCUGCUGAUGGUUUUGGCAAUCUAUUACCUGAAUGCUGUGUCAAAAGCUUACCAGCAAGCUAACUUGGACCUAAAGAAAAAGAUGCAAAUGGCCAGAGAUGAGGAGAAGAAUCGCAGGAAUAAUAAGGCCAGUACCAACCAGGUGAUGAAGGACCUGGAGGACCUCAUGCCCAACAAGUCACUUAUUCCGCCACCUGAACCAGAGAAGCCAGCAGAACCCAUUAAAGAACAAGCUAAAGGCAAGUCACCAAAGUUGUCAGGGAAACCAGGUGCAGCAGGAGUGAACUUGCAAAAAGACGUCUCAUUGGCUGCCGCAAACCCCCGUGGGCCAAUCACCCACCCUCCAGCUCCCAGGGGUCCACUACCAGGCAAUCCUAGAGGUCCUAACCCCGGACCAGGAAGAGGGCGGGGAAGAGGAGGCCCUCCCAGACACUAGUUUUAGUAACUUUAACUAACGCUUACAGAUGUGAUAUAUAUGCACUGCAAACACACAAACUGUCUCAAGCUCCUGAUGGGAUGUAUUUCAUAUUGGUACCUUGAACCAAG